AUGGAUGAUUACAAUUCAACUGCUUGUGGAGAUGGUCUCUUUGGGCCCAGCGUUUGGACUGAGGGAUGUCGCGGCGGAUUUGACUUUACUCUGUCCUUCCAAGAGAGUAUCUUGAGUAUAGCUCCAUCUGCUGUGUUUUUCGCACUUGCUGGCCCCCGAGCAUACUAUCUUUUCAAGACCCCAGACAAGGCAAAGCGUCACGCGACUUAUACGCCUAAACUUAUCACAUCGGCUACAUAUGCAGUUUUGCAGGUCGUCCUACUAGCAUUAGUGCCCUCCGCAAAGGAGCUCAACACUCGUUUCUCCCUCGCUGCGGCCAUAUUGAACCUUCUAGCCGCUUUUUCGAUCGUUCUGCUAGCUCAUGUAGAGCAUGUCAAGUCUGUCCGACCAUCUUUCCUACUAACAGCAUAUCUUUUUGUCACGCUACUAUUUGACGCCGCACGACUACGCACAGAAUGGCUCCUGUCCCUCAACGUCGCCUAUGCCGCGACUUUAUCUACUUCUGCAGUUGUUAAGCUAGCACUUUUAGUCUUGGAGACGGUUGAAAAGCGAAAGAUAUUGAUUUCCAGCGAUAAACCCAUCUCCAAGGAGAGUACGAGUGGACCUUUUAGCCGGGGUUUCUUUGUCUGGUUGAACUCGCUCCUCAUCUCUGGUUGGGCUACAGUCUUGACCAACAAUGACUUGCCUACAAUUUAUGAGAAGCUAUCCUCGGAGAAACUUGCAGUCAGAUUCGGCAAAGCUUGGCAGAGAGCAUCGUUAUCAAGCAAGCCAUCCCUGUUCAAAAUGACUGUCAGUGUUUUGAGAUGGGAACUUUUGGGUAUCAUACCACCUCGUAUUGGAAUGAUUGCCCUGAGCAUCUCUCAACCCUUUCUCGUGAGCAAUGCACUGCGAUUCUUGACCAUGCCCGCAUCGGACUCUACUACCAACUUGGGCUGCGGCUUGAUCGGCGCCUUUGCUUUUGUCUUUGUUGGUUCUGCGAUACUCACAGCGUGGUAUGAGCAUUUGACCUUCAGGGCUGGUGCCAUGGUCCGUGGUGGUCUCAUCACCCUGAUAUAUAGCAAGAUGAUGAAGCUUCCCAUUGACGACCUCGCCGAGUCUUCAGCUGUGACACUUAUGGGCAAUGAUGUGGAGACACUCAUUGAGAAAUUACACUUCCUGCUGGUUGAGUCUUGGGCAAACACGCUCACUGUAGCCAUUGCCAUGUACAUGUUGGCGGCCCAACUUGGCGCUGUUUGCGUUGCGCCUAUCGUCACAGGAAUUAUUUGCCUAUUCCUCACAGGUUCAAUCGGCAAGAUGAUGGUCUCACGCCAGAUCAAGUAUCAAAAGGCUACGCAAGACCGCAUUAACCUCACAAACGAAGUCCUCAGCUCUAUGAAACCAGUCAAGAUGCUUGGACUAUCAGAAAGAUUCAAGAGUCUCAUUUCUCAAAAGCGAGAUGAUGAAAUCAGUACGGCAAAACAUUAUCGUCUAAUUAAUGUUUACCUCAACAUGAUCACAAACUGCAACAUCGGCAUGACUGAGGCUAUCACUUUUGGAGCAUACGCCAUCGCAGCAAAGCUCGGAAACGGCGAGACUUUUUCUGCAGCACAAGCUAUUACAGCCUUGUCCAUCCUGGGCGUCAUGAUGGAACCCCUCUCGCAGCUUCUGGGUAGCAUUCCUGGAUCUUUUUCGGUAUUUGGCUGUUUCACAAGAAUGGAAGAUUUUCUCACAUUGGAAGAAAGAGUUGAUCGUCGUCAGAUUCAAGGUCGUUAUAAACAACCCUCCAGAGAUAGCCCACGGCCUUUGCAGGAGACUUUCCAAUCGACAGCUAUGAAAGAAAUCCAAGUUGGAGCUGACGGAAGCAGAAUAUUAAUAGCGGACGGUAACUUCAACUGGGGUGAGAAGGUUGUUCUUCAGGAUAUCAACACUUCUUUUCCGAGCCACAAGAAUGGGUCUCUCACUAUGCUGGUCGGGCCGGUUGGUUCGGGCAAAUCGAGUUUGCUAAAAGCCAUCUUGGGCGAAACGACAUCUUCUAAUGGCAGCGUGUCCUUGAAUGUGUCAGAAGUAGCAUUUUGUGACCAGACUCCUUGGGUUAUGAACGCCACUAUCCGCGCCAACAUCAUUGCAGAGUCCAAGGGAUAUGACAGCGCCUGGUUUGACACAGUCGUCAGUGCAUGCGAUCUGACCAUCGACCUGGGGCGACUUCCUGAAGGAGAUCUCACUCAGGUCGGCGACCAGGGUAUCAAGUUGAGUGGAGGUCAGAAGCAAAGGAUCGCCAUUGCCCGCGCGGUGUACUCGAGGAAGCCGAUUGCCAUUUUUGACGAUGUUUUCAGUGGUCUUGAUAAGGUUACCGAGCAGAUCGUCUUUACUCAAGUCUUUGGAAAGGAUGGUCUUCUUCGAAAGAACGGAACUACCAUUAUUUUGGCUACUCACGCAGUGAACAGGCUGCCCGAAUCCGACUUUGUGGUUGUUCUCGACAAAGACAGAAAACUCAUAGAACAAGGAAAAUAUUCUAACCUUCGAUCUGGGCAUGGAUACAUCCACAACCUCGAUAUUUCAACCCACGACGAGCACAAUGGCCAUGCUCAGACUGAGGCUCAGAACGAGCCCGAGAAGGUUAAACCCGAUACAGAGGUCCAAACACCAGACCAAGAGGCUACGGAAGUCCCCAGUGACAGAACUGUUUUUAUGUACUACUUCAAGUCUAAUGGAUUGCACAACAUGGCUCUCCAAGCACUCCUCAUUGCCAGUGCAGGAGUCCUUACAGCGUUCCGAUAUGUCUGGGUAACUUGGUGGGGUGAUGGGAAGGGACGUGAGAGUACAGAUGUUGGAUACUGGCUCAGUAUAUAUGCGGUCAUGUCCCUCUUUGAAGGAUUGCUUAUCACGGCUGCUAUUGCAUUGUUCCUCUUAGUUAUUGCGCCCAUCAGUGGCAAGGUGCUACAUUCACGACUCUUGAAGGCUGCUAUGAGCGCGCCUUUGUCGUUUCUUAACAAUAGUGAGGCAGGCUCCCUCAUCAACAGGUUCAGCCAGGAUUUGCGCCAUGUCGAUAUUAUCCUUCCCAUAGCUUGUUCAAUCUUCCUCUUUGAGGUCGCUGCAUGCUUCGGAGCUGCUGGUCUCGCCAUGGCCGCCGUGAGUUGGUUUGCCAUCUCGAUUCCCUUUGUCGUGGCCGUUCUAGUACUCAUCCAGCGUUUCUACGUCCGAACUUCGAAACAACUUCGUCUCAUAGAAAUUGAACACAAGGCUCCUCUUUUUUCGCAUUUCCUCGAAACCAUCAGCGGCCUCGCCACUAUUCGUGCUUUCGGCUGGACGCAACCGUACACUGACAAGGUUCUAACCCGCAUCGACGAUGCUCAGAAGCCAUCUUACUUGCUCAACUGUAUUCAGCGAUGGCUUACUCUAGUUCUGGAUAUGGUGGUCGCCUUUCUGACUAUUAUCCUUGUCAUCUUUGCCGUCACGCUUCGCGAGAAGAUCAACCCUUCACUUCUUGGUAUCGCACUUGUCAACAUGAUGCGACUCGGCACCAACAUGAAGGGUAUUGUUCUCAACUGGUCAAUCCUUGAGACUUCGCUGGGUGCUAUUGCGCGCAUUCGCAUGUUUUGCUCUUCUGCGCCAAACGAGGAGAAACCAGGAGAGAACAAAAACCCAGAAGAAGCUUGGCCGAGGUACGGAGGUCUAGAAGUCAAGAAUGUGGAUGUCCAAUAUGAUCAUACAACUGAGCCUGUGCUACGUGGCCUUUCGUUUAGCCUCAAGCCUGGUGAGAAACUCGGCAUAUGUGGUCGAAGCGGCAGUGGAAAGAGUUCUUUUGUGCAAGCCUUACUCCGAAUGGCUGAAGUCGUCAACGGGCAGAUCACUCUUGACGGAGAGGAUAUCUCUGUUAUACCUAGACAUCUCAUCCGCCAACGCUUGAGUUGCUUGACGCAGGAUCCUUUCGUCUUUGGGGACAGCAUCAGAGCCAACCUCGAUCCAUGCAAUGCAUCGUCAGACGACGAGAUUAGAAAUGCGCUGGAACGUGUGGGAAUUCUGUCCGUUAUCCAAGCCAAGAUUGAUAGCGACAGAAUCCUUCUUGACGAGAAGAUGGAUGAGAACUUCUUGUCUCACGGCCAAAGACAAUUAUUCUGUCUUGCAAGAGCUCUUCUUAAGAAAAGCUCAUUGCUCAUCCUCGAUGAGCCAACAAGCAGCGUCGAUACGCAGACAGACGCCAGAAUGCAGGAGGUUAUCCGCACAGAGUUUUCUGAGUGCACCAUUAUCAUGAUUGCCCAUCGGAUUGAUACGCUGCUUGAUCUUGACAAGGUUGCUGUUCUUGAUAGGGGCUCUUUGGUUGAGUUUGGGGUGCCGCAAGAGUUGUUGACAGAUGCGGGUGGUGCUUUUACGAAGCUGUAUCGCGCCAAUAAAGGGAGGAGGACAGAGGGUUAG